AUGAAUACAUCUAGUACAUCUAAUUCAUCUGACUCAUCUAAAUCACCUAUUGAAUGUUUGAUGAAAUGCAUACAAUCAUUUCAACAAGUGUUAAUGUCUCCUCUAAAACGUAGUCCUAAAUUAGAAGAAACUAUUGUUUACGCAACGCCAUGUCCCGCAUGCGAUGAAUGUUAUGAAUAUCAUUAUAAUUCACGUAACCCAUCAUUUUACUGUCAACCUUGUAAUACAAAGCGAUUUCGUUUAGAAUUCGAUAAAUGGUCUACUGGAAAUAAUAAACUUGAUCGAUUAAUUCAAAAUUCACAUAUUAAAUCAAAGAAUGUUUUUGAAUUAUUGGAAUGGAUUCCUUAUUCAAAUUUAAAGGAUAUUACACGAAUAGCUCAAGGAGGUUUCGCUACAGAUUUUUCUGCUGUUUGGGCUGAUGGACCCAUGCAAAAAUUUGAUCUUAAUAAAAAACAAUGGUCUCGAUCUGGUGUUACUAAGGUUGUUUUUAAAGAAUUUCACAAUUCGAAAGAUUCAAGUUUUAAGUUCCUUGAAGAGGUAAUUCAUUUAAAUACAUAUCUUAGAGUUGGUGGUAAUAAACCAAUUACAAGAAUCUAUGGAAUUUCUCAGGAUCCGAAAUCAAAAAAUUUUGGGAUAGUUAUGAAAUGUGCAAAUCUUGGAAGUUUAAGACAUGUUUUGAAUGAAAAUUUUCAUGAAAAGAGUUGGAAUGAUAGAUUUGAUAUUAUAUUAGAAAUUUCAUCUUGUAUUUCUAAACUUCAUGACGGAUUAGUAUUUGACAUAUUUAUGGGACAACGACCACAACUUCCAAAGGAGACACCUCAGCAAAUAAAAAAAUUAUUAAGUAAAUGCUUGGAUGCAAAUCCCGAAGGGCGUCCGACUAUGCAACAAAUACAUAAAAAGUUGGAUGGUUGGAAGUCUAAAAUUCGGAAUAAUCCUUCUUCAAAGAUUUACAAAGAAUUUCAACUGGCCAAUGAAGACUGGAAAAAGAAUUCUAGUUCAAAAAAAUUGGAUUUAAUUAUUCAUGAAAAAGCUGUUUACAAGAGGUGCGGUUGA